GCGUGCAUCAAACGUUGGCCAAUUACCUCUCUUCAUCCCUUUGGUACGUUGGUAAAUCAACUUGGUGAAAUCGGCAACGUAGAAGUUGAAACUGAAGCCUUACUCAAGGAUAAUAAUGUGUCAUCCGAGGAAUUCAGUGAAAAUAUAACAAAGUGUCUUCCGGUGAUUCCAUGGACGAUCCCCGAAAAGGAAAUCGAAACACGUCGCGACUUGCGUUCCACCAGAAUUUUCACGAUCGAUCCAAACACUGCAAAAGAUAUUGAUGACGCAGUUUCUUGUACUCGUUUGCCCGAUGGUAAUUACGAAAUUGGUGUUCAUAUUGCGGAUGUAAGCUAUUUUGUGAAACCCAACACUGCCCUUGAUCGUGAUGCUCGAAAAAGGGCAACUACUGUUUACCUUGUACAAAAAGUGGUUCCCAUGCUCCCUGGUUUACUUUCCGAAGAACUCUGCAGUUUGAACCCCGGUGUCGAUCGCCUUGCAUUUUCUGUUAUUUGGAAGAUGACACCUGAAGGCAAAAAUAUGGAGACUUGGUUCGGUCGAACCAUUAUUCGAUCUUGUACCAAACUAUCAUAUGAACAG